AACAUGGAUUAUCUAACACGCUCUAUUAGGCCUGGAAAUACUUUAUAAGUUAAACUAGGUCUUUCUUAAACUAAUCUUCGUAACUUGCAAAGGACGACUGUGAUGACUACGUAGACCUUUUGCAAGUGAUGAACAUGGCCGCUGCGGUUCAGCAGACUGAGGGUGCUUGGGAGGGUGCAAUCAAACAAGAAGACGACAGUUUGCAACUGGCAGAUCCAUUGACUUUUCCAGCGGUAAUCGUGGAGCAGAUGCCACAGAGCUACCUGCUCAAUUAUUCGGGCUUGACAUGUGACCAAACGUUACGGUCAGGUCUGGAGCGAGACUCUAUGGAUGACUUGGCACAGCUGACAGUGGAAGCGUAUCAGAGUGGAAAUGAAGACUCCAUGAUAGAGAGUGCGGAAGCAGCUGAAGCCCUGCUGAAUAUGGAUCCCUGUAAUCCACUGGAUGAGAAGCAGCUUCCUCAAAUGGUAUUUUUGACAUCAUCUCUGGUUGAUGAUGGCGUUGUUGGACAGCAGCAGUGGAUCCAGAGAGGAUCUAUGACCGAGGACAAGCCAAAAGCUAAAAAAGCUAGAAGACCAAAGCGACCGAGGCCACAGUCUCCAAUGCCUGACAUAACUAUUAAAAAGAGCAAGGACAGCAAAGGUAAUACAUUGUACCUCUGGGAGUUUUUGAUCGCUUUGCUGCAGGACAAGAAUGCUUGUCCCAAAUACAUCAAGUGGACCAACUGGGAAAAGGGCAUCUUUAAGCUUGUGGACUCCAAGGCUGUGUCACGGUUAUGGGGCAAACACAAAAACAAACCCGACAUGAAUUAUGAAACAAUGGGAAGAGCGCUUCGAUACUACUACCAGCGUGGUAUUCUAAAUAAGGUUGAAGGUCAAAGACUGGUGUAUCAGUUUGCAGAGAUGCCAAAAAACAUUGUUUACAUAGGUGAUGAUAACGAUGGCCGAGGUGGCAGCGACAGUAGCUUUCAAAACGAGGAAGAAUGCUACAGUGAAACAUCCAUCAACGAGCUGACGACCUUCAACCACAGCCUUUCCUCUCCAUCACAACUGCUCGGUUCUAACAAAAUAACCACUCUGACUACCAAACCACGCACGGCUGUGAACGGAAGCCAGCGCAAAGCCGAAGUGGCAGGAACCGUCAAAACGCCUCGCUCGUUGGGUCUAAUCCAGCAACAGCAUCUUCCCAUCGUUUCUGCUGAGAUGAUUCGAACUCUCCAGAACGUCCAGUCCAUCCAGCCAGGACAGCAUGGCUCUGUCUUUCGAACGGCUCAGCUGUUAGACAGCCUGCGUGAGAAGCAAGAGACCAUUGAGGUCAAGCAGGAGCAUCUGGAGCUCCCCUCAGAAGGCCAUGCUCCUCAGAUGGUUACGCUUCAGUUGGUCCCUGUAUCCUCUAGCGAACAAGGAAUGGAUGGCUCAGUGGUAACUUCAUCACAGUUCCUCAUGCAAGCCAUUUCAGAUUCUGUCCCAGAGGAGAUGACCCUCGUCAUGCAGAACAUGGUCCAUGAUGCAGCUCCUUUUAAUCCUAGCUCUGAAGAAGUCAAGAGAGAAAACGGAGACGUCACCUUCUUUAGUUCAGGUAUCACUGGCGCUUCGGUAGUGACGUUUGCUGGAGGACAACAGCUGAUUUCUCAACCUUCAGGAACUGUUAUCCAUUCAGUGGUCACUGCUACGGAACCAAAAAUCUCAGGUCAAAUAGGGUACUCAGAACCCAAAGAGGAACUCCUUGAAAUGGUUGGAAGAGCUACUGAUCCUUUAGAUAUGGAUAAGGAGACCCCCUCGGAAAUAAAACUGGAGCCUCUUAGUGUGGUCAUCAUUAAUGACUCCUGGGUGGGUUACACUUCCAACAGUGAAACUAUGGAGUAGUUGGACUGAACUCGGGCUGUGAUUUUAUUCAUGUCUUUAAAGUCUUACUCAUGACAUUCCUCAAAGACUUGCACUGGAAUUCGCAGGCACUCCUUUUGUUUCUCUUGUUUCUUGGCAUUGGUUUGCACCAGGUUUGCCUUGCUAUGCCAUUAUAUUAUUCAGGUAGACCAAUGAUGCUUAUGCAGCUUCUUCUAGCCUUAAAUACUUUGCUCACUUAAGUGCCCUAAAUCAUGUACUGCAGUGAUGUACCUCAGGGUUGUACUCAAGACACAACUAGAAAUGUGUCACCAUGAAAUGGAAAGCCAGAUAAUAGAUGAUGAUUCAGCUAACCAAAAUAGAAAUUCUCAAUCCAAAUGAUAGACAAGAAGCACUUCAUAAAACCUCACAUAAAACCUAGCAAACUUGUUAUUGAGAUAAAGCUUUUAUUCACUUUUUAAUUAGUGAAGAUGGUGCCGGUUGCACUAACAGGUCUUAUCUAAAUCAGCUCAGCUUAGAGAUCCAAAGACCAUCGAAUCUCAGCUCUGCCUUUCGGCUGGGCUGGGCAGCUACGUGAACAACGAUUGGCUGUUGUUCAUGGGGGUGGUACAAGCCGGACCAGGGUUCCUCAUGACUGGUGCAAUUACGACUUCUGCUGAGUUGGGGAAUAAUGCUAAUCAGGGCUAAUAAGGCUGAUCCGCAUAUGAACUUGCCUUGUGCAGGUGAAAAAGGAGGCAGUCGGUAAUGCUAAACGACACGUGUCGGAGGGGCAUCUGUGUCAUUUGCUAAGCUCUUCAGUCAGCAGUGGAGGGUUGUAUCGAUAGAGGUGAAGUGUAACACAAUCAGGGUAAUUGGAUACAACUAGAUUAGGGGAGAAAAUGAGGGGGGGGGGUUGGAGAAAAUAAGAAAAAACAAACAUGACUAAGAAUACCAGUGGCUAAGCAACUCUGUUUUUUGUUUUUUUUCCCCAAAUUUAGACACAUUUUAGUUAUGGGUUGUAGGGACCAAAGAAGAACAGCACUGGCUGAAUGUGCAUCUAAUAGAAGAUGAUGCAUUUAAAUAAAGGAUUUCAGAUGUAACCACAAACAAGCACAGACUUGUAGAAUUUCUUUUUUAAUUUCUUUUUUAACUUUGCAUCUCAUCCAUGUGACCUCACUGCUUUUAUUUGGGACGUGGGGUCUCUUGCUCUUGUGAGUAAGGCCUUAAGCAGCCAUGGCAUUAUAUAUGCGCAGUACUAUUGAAAAUAAUGGAAGUGACCAGCGCCAGGUACUUUUAUUAUCUCCAUUUGCUUGCUGUAAGCCCGGGACUUGAUUGUAAGUUUGCUGUUUGCAUUACUUUCAGCCAUCUGAUCCAGUCUUAAAUUUACACCCAGUUACGUUAUCAACCAUGCAGAGCUCUGUGCAACCGGCCCAUUGUGAUCAUAUUACAUAGAUUUUCUAUAAACAAGAAACUGGAACUUUACAGGGAACAAACUGGAAUUUGUUUACAAAGUUUACUGGUGAAAAGAAAAAUUAAGCAUAAAAUGUGCAGGUUGUUUCUAAAAUGUUAGAUUCAGCAGAUAAACAGUGAUUGUGCUUUUAAAAUGUGCAGACGUUUGUUCCCUGUAGAGGAGGAUGGUUGUCAUUUAAAAAAUAUAUGGAAUUAAGCUGAUUGUAUAAAUAGAAUAAUGUGACUCAAAUUAAAAGACUUGGUUAGCUAUAAAGCUGUAACACUGUGGACCAAAUACGUUUUAUUGCUGAUUGCUUUUUCUUACUCUAUUUCAGAACUAUAUUUAACAAAGAUGCACAGAAAAUGUCCAUAAUGUGUAGAUGUGACAAUCAUUUUAAUAGUACUUUGGAUAAAUGUAUGUAUAUUGUGUACAAGCAACAUUUGCAACAACAAAUUUAAAAAAUUUCCACGAUUACUUCAAAUGAUCUGGAUGCAAUAUUUUACCCAGAUGUACCGAUCGCUAAAUAACCUGAUGCUGUUAUUAUAUUAUAAAUAUGGAUUUUAGCAUCUGUAUUGCUUUACAAUUUACCGUAUGUGAUAUUUGUUUCAUGUUAAUGAUUAACUGUGGUCCAAGUGGUGAAAAUGAAUAUUCAGCAAGAUCUGGAACUUUUUGAAUAUAUGAUAAAUCUUAGUGCUCUGUUUUAUAUAAAUGUGUUUGUUAAUGUUUAUACUACUUAACCCAAAUGGAUGUAGAUGUUCUGACUGUUUCAGCAAACACAAUCAGUAAAAUUAAGCAGCUAUGCAAUUUACAUAGAGAAACAUCGGCAGUAGAAAAAACUGUUAUAAAAGUUUCCUAAAAUUUCUGCCCCACUAGACCUAUUUCGGUCAACUGAGUGGUCUAGCAGGGCUGUGAAAAAAAUUAGUAGGCCACACAGUACUUUCUUGUAACACCUACAUACUUACAAACUUUUCCUGAAAGCUAGGCCAGCAAAACUGUUUAUCAAGAACUUCAUAUGGGUUGGAUUUUUAUAGUGGAGAGGCCUGAUGCAGGCCUAAGAUCACAUUAGAUGCACAAGUGUCUAAUGGAAAAGUGUAAAGCACACUGCCAUUGGACUUUGAAGCAGUGAAAACCUGUUGUCUAGUGAACAAAUCUAAGACUUUCUUCGCCAUUUCUGAUUUAACAGUGCCCGUACACAAAGUUCUGGCAUUAAAUUCAUCCAAAGUUGCCAGAUAAGAUUAAAGGGAGUCCUUACAGGGCACAACAGAAAAUUUUGUGCAACGCCUUACCAGAUGAGUGGCUGGUGUAGCUGCUGAUAAUGGACCAAAUCUAUUUUAUUGCUCACUGUUUCAUAAUGAGAGAUUCAAAAUGCAUAUGCAAAGCUUGUCUUGUGCCAAAGUAUGAACACCCCUAGUCUUAUUGCAUGAAUUGUUGACUUGAUUAAGUGACCUCCUUUCCAGGGAAAAAACUUAAUAUGGAAUAUAUUCUAGUGUACAAAUUAUAUUUAAUUGCUAAAUAAAUUUUAAGCAUGUCAGACUCAGCAAAUCAGCAGUAUUUGUGCAUCACAAUGUGUAGACGUUUGUUUUUGUAUGAGAUGUGUUAAUUUAUUGUCGCAAAGUUUAAACAAAACCUACAUUUGGACUUGGUGUCCCUAGGGGUGUUUUGCAUAAGACUGUCUGAAGGUUCAGUUCAGGUGUCUUCAUACUUUUGGCCAUGUAGUGUCUGUAAGUUAUCAUUGCCUCACAAAAACUGUAAGUGGAAAUGUAAUGAAAUGUACUGAGCACUGGUAGCUCAGCGGUUAAUGCCCUGGACUUUGCCAGUUCAAGCCCCACCACUGCUAAGUUGCCACUGUUGGGCCCCUGAGCAAAGCCUUAACUGUCAAUUGCUGAACUGUAUUCACUCUCGAUUGUAAGUCAUUUUGAAUAAAAGCAUUUAAAUGCC